GGCCUGCCAAGCGCGUGCGCACUGCGGUUCUGCGCUUGUCAUCAUGGCGACGCGGGGCCAUGUGCAGGACCCUAACGACCGGCGCCUCCGGCCCAUUUACGAUUAUCUUGAUAAUGGGAAUAAUAAGAUGGCAAUUCAGCAAGCUGAUAAACUGUUGAAGAAACACAAAGACCUCCACUGUGCGAAGGUUCUCAAGGCCAUUGGUUUACAGAGAACUGGCAAACAGGAAGAAGCCUUCACCUUGGCUCAGGAGGUGGCUGCCCUUGAGCCCACAGAUGACAACUCCCUGCAGGCCCUGACAAUCCUAUACCGAGAGAUGCACCGGCCGGAGUUAGUCACAAAGCUCUAUGAGGCGGCUGUGAAGAAAGUUCCCCACAGCGAGGAGUACCACUCUCACCUCUUCAUGGCCUAUGCCCGAGUGGGCGAGUACAAGAAGAUGCAGCAGGCUGGCAUGGCUCUGUAUAAGAUUGUCCCCAAAAACCCUUACUACUUCUGGUCUGUGAUGAGCUUAAUCAUGCAAUCUAUAUCCGCACGGGAUGAAAACCUCUCGAAAACCAUGUUUCUGCCCCUGGCAGAGAGGAUGGUGGAGAAAAUGGUGAAGGAGGACAAGAUAGAAGCUGAAGCUGAGGUUGAACUUUAUUAUAUGAUCCUGGAGCGCUUGGGAAAGUACCAGGAAGCCCUGGAUGUCAUUAGAGGGAAAUUAGGAGAGAAGUUGACAAGUGAGAUCCAGAGUCGGGAGAACAAAUGCAUGGCCAUGUACAAGAAGCUGAGCAAGUGGCCCGAGUGCAACGCGCUCUCCCGGCGCCUGCUGCUGAAGAACUCAGAUGACUGGCAGUUCUAUCUGACUUAUUUCGAUUCUGUCUUUCGACUGAUUGAGGAAGCCUGGACGCCGCCUGCUGAAGGGGAGCACUCCUUAGAAGGGGAAGUGCACUGCUCUGCAGAAGAUGCCGUGAAGUUUAUAGAGGACAGGAUAACUGAGGCAUCACAAAGCUCUCGACAUGUCCGAGGCCCACACCUAGCUAAGCUGGAGCUCAUCAGGCGCCUGCGGAGCCAAGGCUGUAACGAUGAGUACAAGCUGGGUGACCCUGAAGAGUUAAUGUUCCAGUAUUUCAAGAAGUUCGGGGAUAAGCCAUGCUGCUUCACAGACCUGAAGGUGUUUGUUGACCUCUUGCCUGCGGCCCAGUGCACACAAUUCAUUAACCAGCUGCUUGGAGUCGUUCCGUUGUCGACGCCUACGGAGGAUAAGCUUGCCCUGCCGGCUGACAUCCGAGGCCUGCAGCAGCAUCUGUGUGUCGUGCAGCUGACAAGGCUCCUUGGCUUGUACCACAGCAUGGAUAGGAAUCAGAAGCUAGAUGUGGUCCGAGAACUGAUGUUAAGGUACCAGCACGGACUGGAGUUUGGGCGCUCUUGUUUGAAGACAGAGUUGCAGUUCUCAGACUAUUACUGCCUCCUUGCUGUUCAUGUGCUCAUUGAUAUAUGGAGAGAAGCAGGUGAAGAGACUGCUGUCUGGCAGGCACUGACUCUGCUGGAAGAAGGCUUAACCCACAGCCCAUCCAAUGCUCAGUUCAAAUUGCUGCUUGUUCGAAUCUACUGCGUGCUGGGUGCAUUUGAACCAGUGGUGGAUCUUUACUCCAGCCUUGAUGCUAAGCAUAUCCAGCACGACACCAUUGGCUACCUUCUGACCCGAUACGCUGCAGCCCUGGGUCAGUAUGCUGCUGCCUCCCAGUCCUGUAACUUCGCACUCAGGUUUUUCCACUCCAACCAGAAAGAUACCUCAGAAUACAUCAUUCAAGCUUACAAAUAUGGUGCAUUUGAGAAGAUCCCAGAGUUUAUCGCUUUUAGGAACAGGCUGAAUAAUUCUCUCCACUUUGCCCAAGUACGCACUGAACGGAUGCUGUUAGACCUUCUACUUGAAGCAAACAUAUCAAUUAGCUUGGCAGAAAGUAUCAAAUCAAUGAAUCUGAGGCCAGAGGAAGAUGAUAUUCCAUGGGAAGAUUUGCGAGACAACAGAGACUUGGAUGUUUUCUUCAGCUGGGAUCCAAAAGACAGGAAUGUUUCUGAAGAGCAUAAGAAACUCUCCUUGGAGGAGGAGACCAUGUGGUUAAGAAUUCGCUCCUUAACGUUGAGGCUGAUCAGUGCACUUCCAAGUCUUACCCACCCUGUGGAGCCAAAGAACUCAGAGAAGAUGUCAGAGAACGGUGUGUCCUCCCGGAUCGACAUCCUUCGUUUGCUCCUCCAACAGCUAGAAGUGGCCAUGGAGACCGGGAAGCGGUUUAUUGAGAAGGAAAUUCAGUACCCAUUCCUUGGGCCUGUCCCCACCAGGAUGAGCAGGUUCUUCAGUUCGGGCUGCUCUCAGUGCCAGGUCCACUCCUUUCAUCUGGUCAGUGAUGUGUUUGAGCUUGACACCAAUGGCUUAGAGGGCACAGUGGAUAUACAGGAACGAGUAGAAAAUAGUCUUACAUCUUUACUAGAACUAUUGAAAGGUGUCUUCAGCACAUGUAAAGGUGACCUGUUAGAAGUUACAGACGGUAAUGUGAAGACUCAGCCUGCAGUCCUAGAGAAUCUGGUCUUCUUGGUUGAGACUAUUUCUCUCGUCCUUUGGGUGUCCAGUUAUUGCGAGAGUGUCUUGCGACCAUACAAAUUAAAUAUUCAGAAAAAGAAAAAGAAGAAAAAAGAAAUCAGCAUCAUCAUGCCCCCGGUCUUCGCCAGUUUCCAAGACUAUGUUACUGGGCUUCAGACUGUCAUUUCCAAUGCUGUGGAUCAUGUUAAAGGACUUGAAGCACAUCUAAUUGCACUUAAACUUGAGGAGCUCACAUUAGAAGACACUUCUAUCUCUCCGGAAGAAAGAAAAUUUUCAAGGACUGUGCAGGGGAAAGUCCAGAGCAGUUACCUGCACUCACUACUGGAAAUGGGAGAGCUGCUGAGAAAAAGACUCGAGACUACAAAGAAACUAAAAAUUUAAGGAGUUAUGAACCAUAGGCACUGAAGACUCCACAGCAGAAGAUGACACACCACCUUCCCCAGCAAAAACAACAUCUGGCUGGCAUCGGUCUAAUCCAGAACUUCCUCACAAAUGCAUGAAGGACUUUGAUCGUGAAUUAAUUUUUGAGGUAUUAAAUAUAUACAACAAAUUAAAUUAUUGUAUAUAAAGCAGAAGCAGGACCCUCAUCUGGGUUUACCACUCUUUAUACCUGUUCAUACAUACAGGACAGCAACAAGAGCUCCCCACUUCACCCCCAUCACCAGAAAUGUCUGGGGUGGGCCUUUCUGUACAAGCAGCAAUAGAGAAUGAGUAGAGCAUUGACCUCUGCAGGCGGGCCACUUUUCCAUCAUGCAGUGGGAGUUUGGGUUUGGUGCUUUAGCCAUAUGAGGCAAAGCGCAGGUGUAGGAGCAGACUGGGGAGCAGGACCCUUCCCUGUCUGACAGGCUCCUUGUGAGGUUCCCAUAGAACCAGGAUGGGUCCACAAUGGACCAGGUGAGAUGUAGCUGAGUGUGUGGCACCGCAGGGCACCACACUCGGCCACAGGUGCUCAGUUUUGGCUCCAUAGGCCCAACAGCCAAGACAUGUCCGCAGCCCCGCUCCUGGAGGAGCUCCGCCUCAGGGCAGCAAGCCCCCUUUGAGGAGGAAGUGUGAGUGCUGCCGGGAGCUAAGCUGCUGAGACUGCACCCACUGGCCGGCUAGGAGAGGCGAAGGGCUGUGCGGAGGUGGUGCGUGGUCUGUGCAGGCGGGUCUGGUACUUGUGUUGUUGCUUCUGAGUCACAUUCUGCAGCUGACUGCUGAGUCACACAUGGACACACAUCUGCAUACAUAUGCUUGGAGGCUUUAGCGCAUUUAGGGGGAGGUUUGGGAUGGAAGGAAUUAUAUAUUAUGGGUUUAACCUAGAUUUUAAGUUUUAGGUUGACAUGUUUUACAAUGGGCCCGAUGUCGGUGUACUUGGUUGACACUAGGGAACUGUAUCAGGACGUAUUUACAUUGUCCCCAAGGUUGGGGUCUGGUCCCUGUGCCUCCAGCUUAAGAGGCUGGUCUGAGAGAAGAUGGAAACUGCUCUUGAUUAUGCUGUGCUGAGCUUUGACAGCCCCUGCGUGACUGUCUCCUGUCUGAAGCUCCUCGCUUCUGUUCUUGUUCCCUGUCAUUUGACUCCUGCGAGGCAGUAACUGUAAGGUGGAAGAAUGAAUUGGUGAGAUUGGUCUUUCCCAUGUACUGCUCCAGCAAAGAGGUGGCAGGCAGCAGCUAAAGGCCAGCUGGCAGAAUCGGAGUGGCUAUGUUUGCAUUCAUCCUUUAUCUUGUCUUAGACUCACAAAUCAGCAUAGUGGUUAUCAGUAAUUUAAACUUGUAAGUGCUACUUGUACAAACUACUUUCUUACUUGUAGGAUGUGCUGGAGUUUACACCAUGAAAUCAAAUUAGAGUAUCACAUGCUCCAUUCCCAAAGAAAGGGCCUUUUUCAAUAAGUUGGAUUGAAGACCCUGAUUUUGACUUGCCUUGAAUACCAACUUGUGGUCCCGGUCUGUAGUUGUGGCCUGUUUCUCAUGGAACUGGGUGGGCUUUUGCCUGCACUGCCCUGGCUCCUGGAAUAAUGUUUCUUGGGAUAUUCAAAUUGUACUGUGUGCUCAUGGUCAUAGAUGCUCCCAUAAGUAUGGACUUUAUGGGCUGGCUAUGGUCCUCAGGCAUAGCUUCUUCCUCUAAUGGUCUACCCAGUCAAUCUCCUGCCCCAACUGUAGGACCUCCACUGGUCUUAAUGACAAAUAAUGUCAUGUUGGGGUUACACGUCCUGUUACUUACUGAUUUUCUUACUAAAUGUAGCAUUUCAAUCAGCUCUAAUUCUUACAUUUUGAGAUAACUGUAAAAAGAAUGAAAUUAUGAAAUGGCCAAUAUCUUUUAUCAGUCUGUUCUUUUGGAAGCUGUCAUGCACUCUACAUUGUGUACAGUACACUCUUACCUAGUGACAGCCUCCUCUCCCCACGCUUGUAAGUCAUUAGCAUCGAAGGGGAAUGCUCAGAGGCCCGCUGCUGCCGCUGGUCUGCUUUAUAUGGGUUUUGUUCUGUUUUGUUUUUGUGUAGUAAAUUGAUAUUUAAAAAAAAAAAAAACAACAACAAAAACCACGACUACUGUUUACAGACUGAAAAAAAAAAAUCACUGCUUUUUAUACUACUGAGAUCCUAAGUCAACACUUUGCAAAGCAAGAAUUGGGUUCAAGUUACUUCCUUGCUGUGGACAGAGAGUCCUCUGUAGCAUCUCCACAUAACGGAGAGUGCACAAACCUAGGUGUGCCGCCAUCAACUUUGUAUAUUUUCAUAAUUUUAAUUGUUCAAAAUUGCAUUAUAUUUUGCAAUCACCACGUUCAAUCUGUAUAUGUCUUUCAUUUCAACUUUUUCAAUACAAAAAAGGGGUCCAAUUUAUCUGUAGGUUUGUUGAGAAUCUUCCUACUUUUUUAUGUGAUUUAUUGGUGUGGGAAAUCUGCUUUUGAAAAGUAAGUGCAGGUAGCAAAUCAGCUUUAACUGGACAGGCUGAUUUACAUAAAUGUUUUUAUUUUAA